UGCUGUUGCUGUGGUUGCUGUUGCUGGCGGAACGCUGCUGAGAGGGCGGGAGAGGCGGAUUUGAAGACGGUCAAGGGGGUUCUGAUGGCGGUUGCUGAUGGCAAUGCGGCCACGAGUGAGCGCAGGUUGAACAUGGCUGUGCGUAUUUGUGUGAUAUGUGUGUAAUAAUGGAGGUAAAUACGCGAGAGUGAGGAGGGGAUUGGGAGGAGCAACCAGGACUAUGGUGAAGGUGGAGUGCUCGUCUGGCAUUUGUUUUCGUUCCUGAGAUCCGGGUGUGGCUUGUUGAAAGAGACUGCUUGCCUUCAGUAAAGAGGCAAAAAGCAACUACCUUUCUUCGCAAACACCACCGAAAAAUGUCCAGCUCACUCUCAGGACCCUCCAAUUUUGCCGACGAUGGCUCAGCAGUGAUUUCCCGCCAGGUUGAGGUCCACCACAGUCGACUUGCCUCGGAGCCUCAGAACAAGAUCAAGGCGUGUUCCGACAUUUAUGAGAUUGACCGCACAGUCGCUGUUAUCAAGGAGCGGGGCUACAAGAGAAUCGCGCUGCAGUUCCCUGACGAACUCUUGCCGGACUCUGGACUUGUAGCACAGUUGAUCCGGGAGCACACAGGAAGCGGCGUCUACAUUCUCGCGGAUACCUCGUAUGGAAGCUGCUGUGUGGACGAAGUAGCAGCGCAGCACAUUGCUGCAGAUGCCAUUAUUCACUAUGGCCGAUCAUGUCAAAGUCCAACGUCUCGCCUGCCGGUUAUCUAUGUUUUUGGAAAGCAACCUGUUGAUGUUCAGCACUGCGCAUCAGUAUUGGAUGGAUUCUUUGCAGAGAACAAGUCCCGCAAGAUUGUAUUGAUGUACGAUGUGAUCUAUGCCCACUGCAUUGAUCAACUUAUGGGAAUACUGGAAACUGAAUUGAAGUACACCAACAUUGUCAAAUCAAGAGUGGAAACAGAGUCGAAUCUCGGAUAUGUGUUGUCAAACCCAGACUCAGCCCAGGCCUCUGCCAGCAAAUGUGACCAACUAUCCUCAUGUUGUCAAAGCGGAGAAAAUAAUGCAGCAUCUGCAUGCUCCAACUCUUCGGGAUGCCAAACUGCGAUAUCCACUAUGAUGACUCAUCGGCAGCAGCAGCCAGCGACGAAUAACGCCGAUGAGGGUGAUCAUGCCGCCGAGAGUAAUAUCAGCAAGCGGAGGAAGUUUGGAAGGACAUACGACCUGCCGAAGGGCGAUAACAUCGAGGACUACACCCUGUUCUAUGUCGGAGACGAGAGCACGACACUAUCCAACAUCAUGAUGACCCACAGCAAAUGCGAUGUCUACUCCUACAGCCCAGAGAAGAGGGAAGGGCGGUUAGAGUCUGCGCAGGUCAACAGGGCACUUAUGCGUCGGUAUUUUUUGGUCCAGAAAGCCAAGGAUGCGGACGUAAUUGGAAUCGCAGUUGGAACAUUAGGAGUCGCCUCGUACAUGACCAUGAUCCAGCAUCUGAAGGCACUGAUUGAAUCUAAGGGCAAGAAGGCGUACACAUUUGUGAUGGGCAAGUUAAACGUGGCCAAGAUGGCGAACUUCAUGGAAAUCGAUUGCUUUGUCUAUGUGGCCUGCCCCGAGAACAGUUUGAUCGAUAGCAAAGAGUUUUAUCGUCCCAUCGUCACGCCUUACGAGCUCGAGAUCGCUCUCAGCAAGUCCAGAGAAUGGACAGGAGAAUAUGUCACGGAUUUCCAGCAACUGCUUCCUGAGGACGACAAGAUUGGUGUGGAUAAGGUCAAGAUUUCGCAGGCACAACUGGAUGCAGCUUCAGACCGAGAGGAUGAAAGAGAGAGCUCGGACCAGGAUAGUGAUGAGGAUGAGGCACCGCACUUUUCGUUAGUGACAGGGCAGUACAAGCAGAACAAGAAGUAUACUACCAAUAAGAAGGAUUCUAAGGAGUUGUCGGCACUAGUCGAAGGAACGAAGGAUCUGACGGUGCGGGAUAAGAACACGAGUGUAGCGACAUUGAUGUCGAGCGCUGCAGGUGAAUACUUGCAGUCGAGGCAGUUUAGGGGCCUUGAGGUCCAGCUGGGAGAGACGCCUGUGGAGCUCGCGACGGAGGGGCGCGCUGGUAUUGCGAGGGGCUAUAAUUCUGAAAACGGAUACAAUAGCCGUGAGAAGGAAAAAUAUUAGAGCUAUGCUGUAUUUGUAAAGUAGAGAACCACUUUAAUAAUCCGUUCACGUGUGAAAGCACAAAGAGGCUAUCGCCGAU